AUGGCAGGCCCUGCACUUUGGAAAUAUGCACUUGCCAAAGUGGAAACAGGUGUAUUUGUAUACCGAAGGAAGACUUUCAGGCAAUAUGGUGGUAUUUAUUGUUUCAUUAUUAGUAUCAAUGCCUGGGUGGUGUGUAAGGUCCCCAAUCAUAAUUGCAAUAUUAGUAAACCUCUCCCUAUUCAUCAUAAGUACAUUCAGUCUGGAGAUCUCAGAAUUGCCAGCAUUAUUUCUCAGCUCUAUGUCUUUUCCAGUCCUGUUACUUUCAUUCAACACCCUUCUUUGGAACUUCUUGAUGAUUUUGCGGUAUUGUUCCAGAGUUACCAACACAUCCUGGCCUUAGAUUUUGCUAUAAAGGAGAUCAAUGAAAAUCCCCAGAUUUUACCCAAUGUCACCAUGGGAUUCAGCAUCUAUAAUAGCUACUUCAGUCCAAGCUGGACCUACCUUGCCUCAAUGGAGCUUCUCUUUGCUCAAAAUAGAUUAAUCCCUAAUUUUAAGUGUGGUGUGCAAAACAAUCCAGCUGCAGUUAUUGGGGGACCUGACAUCUGUCUUCACAUGGCAACCAUACUGGACAUCUACAAAAUUCCCCAGCUGAUCUAUGGCUCUGCUCCACUCAUGCAUAAAGCAGCUCAAGCUGUUUUCAUCCAACAAAUGUUUCCAGAUGAAUCCCACCAACACAGGGGCCUCCUCCAGCUAUUGCUGUAUUUUAGGUGGACGUGGAUUGGAGUUCUUGCUGUGAAUGAUGCCAAAGGAGAGACGUUUGUACAGGAGGUGCUCCCCGUGUUUUCCCUGCAUGGCAUCUGCUUUGAUUUCAUAGCAGAGUUCCCAAAUGUAGAUUUUUACAGUGAUUUUACAGAUGUAAUGGAUGAAAUAUACAAAACCUUCUAUAUUAUUGUGAAGAGCACAGCCAAGGUGAUAAUUUUAUAUGGUGCAAUGGAGUCCAUGACCUUUUUGAAAACAUUCGUGCAGUAUUCAGAAGUGGAGGACAUAUCAAUGAAGACAAAGGUCUGGAUCAUGACUGCUGAAAUGGAUUUCACAUCCAUUUCUCUUCAAAGAGAUUGGGAUAUAAAUUUCCUCCAAGGUGCUUUAUCUUUUGCAGUUCAUUCAAGGGAGGUGCCAGGCUUCCGGGAAUUUCUUCUGAUUAGAAAUCCAACCAUAGCAGAACAUGAUGUGUUUCUAAGGCAUUUCUGGGCACAAGCAUUCAGGUGUUUGUUCCACCACUCUGAUCCGAAUAAUCAGUAUGGCACAAUCUGUACAAGGAAGGAGAAGAUGGCAACCCUUCCUGCAUCUGUGUUUGAACUUAGUAUGACUGGCCAGAGCUACAAUGUAUACAAUGCUGUCUAUGCUGUAGUGCAUGCUUUGGAGGCAAUGCGUUCAUCAAAAAUCAAGCACAACACUAUUGUGGGUAGAAGCGUGCAGAAGCUUCAGAACCAACCAUUGUGGCAGCUUCAUUCGUUCCUGAGAAGGGUCUCGUUCAACAACAGUGCUGGGGAAAAUAUUUCAUUUGACAAAGAUGGGGAACUAAUUGGUGGAUUUGAUAUUAAUAACUGGGUCACAUUCCCAAACCAGUCAUUUUUGAGGAUCCAGGUUGGAAGGAUAGAUCCCAUGGUUUCCCCAGACAAGUCCUUCAACAUAUAUGAGGAUUCCAUCAUGUGGCCAAAAAGCUUUAAUCAGGCAUCACCAUUUUCUCUGUGUAAUGAACUUUGUGAGGCAGGAUACAGCAAAGUCAAGAAAGAAGGGGAGCCAUUUUGCUGCUAUGAUUGUCUUCCAUGUCCAGAGGGGAAAAUCUCAAAAGAGAAGGAUCUGGAUGACUGUUCUCCAUGUCCUGAAGAUUAUUAUCCAAACCCUGAAAGAAAUAUAUGUAUUCCAAAGCGUUUCAUGUUUUUGUCCUAUGAAGAGCCUAUGGGGAUCAGUCUGACCGUUCUUUCUCUUUCUUUUUCUUUAAUGACAACUUUGGUAAUCACAAUAUUCAUUAAACACAAAGACACUCCCAUAAUCAAAGCCAACAACAAGAAUCUCACCUACAUUCUCCUUGUUUCCCUCCUCCUCUCUUUCCUUUGUGUGUUUCUAUUUAUUGGGAAACCUGAUAAGAUUGUGUGUCUCCUUCGACAACCAGCUUUUGGCAUCAUCUUUUCUGUAGCGGUUUCUUGUGUAUUGGCCAAAACCUUUGUUGUGGUUCUAGCAUUCAUGGCCACCAAACCUGGUUCCAGAUUGAGGAAAUGGGUGGGAGGAAGAAUGGUCAGUUUCAUUCUUCUUUCCUGCUCCCUUGUUCAAGCCAGCUUUUGUUCUGUAUGGCUGAUAAUGUCCCCACCAUACCCAGAUUUCGAUGUGCACUCAUUGUCUGAAGAAGUCAUCAUGGAGUGCAGUGAGGGGUCAGUUACCAUGUUCUACUGUGUCUUGAGCUUUCUGGGUUUCCUGGCUGUGGUCAGUUUCUCUGCUGCUUUCCUAGCUAGGAAGUUACCUGACAGUUUCAAUGAAGCCAAAUUCAUCACCUUCAGCAUGUUGGUCUUCUGCAGUGUUUGGCUGUGCUUUGUUCCAACCUAUCUAAGCACAAGAGGAAAAUACAUGUUGGCUGUGGAGAUCUUCUCCAUGAUCUCCUCCAGUGCUGGCUUAUUGGUGUGUAUCUUCUUUCCCAAAUGUUUUAUCAUUGUAAUGAGACCUGAGCUGAACAAUAAGCAUCAUCUAAUGAAAAGAAAGAUUUGA